CUCCCUCUCUCUCCCUUCCUCCCCCUCUCUCAAUCUCUCCCCCUCUCUCUCGCUCUCUUCCUCUUCUCUCUUUCAUCUCUCCUCGCGCUGAAAGGAAGUUCGUUGCUUUUGCAAACUUUGCUCGCUAUCUCUCUCUCUCUCUCUCUCUCUCUCUCUCUCUCUCUCUCUCUUUCUCUUUCUCUGUCUCUCUUUCUUUCUCUCUGUCACUCACUCUCUCCUCAGAGCUGCUGCUGUUCAAAAACGUUUUGUCUUUUCAUUUGUUACAAGAACGCGUCUAACGCUAUAAACAAUAAAACUACAAUAAUAAUAAUAAUAAUAUUAAUAAUAAUAAUAAUCAUCACGAUUAAUUAAAACAAUAACACUUUAGCUUCCAGAGGAUUUAUAUAUUUUUAUGAAUGACACAAAAAUGGGACCAAGAUUAAAGCGCUGUAUAUUUCAGCUCAUUUACAGCGCUGUCGGUAUCUUUUUAGAAGCUGCGAGCGCUUCAUUAAACACAGCAGCCGCUCCUGUCUAUUAUAAUCUGGCUGGUGUGAAUGGAGGCGUCUGCGCCGGGAUACUGCAGGUCUCCAGCCCAGGAAAGGAGGGGCUUGUCUGCUAUGAGUCGAUGGAUUCUGACACAGCACGGAAGGUUUGUGCAGAUCUGAGGUGCGGAAAGUUUAUCGAGCUUCUAGGCCACAACCUAGACGAGAGAGAGACCGGAUCAAGAACCACGUGGAAUUUGAUGAGGCAGAACACGUCCGAUCCGAUUCUGCGGCCGGCAGUCUGUGCGCAGAGGAAAGUCGCUCAAGUCCGUUGUCAGAAUCUGACUCACCCAUUGAUGAUCCGUGUGAAAGGCAAUGCUUUCGGGUGCGCUGGGAGAGUGGAGGUGAACCUUUAUGGGGGGGACGGCUACUGGGAACCAGUGUGCUCCAGAGAGCAGUGGGACUGGGAGCGUGCUUCGGAGGUGUGUCGGAGCGUGGGGUGCGGGAGGGUGAAGGAAUUCCAGGCAGGAGGGAUUGAGAACAAUAGAGGAGGAGUCAGCUGCCCGAGAGGCAUCCCUCUGUCCAACUGUAGAGCAGAUCUAAAACAAGAGAGAAGCUGCACACCUGCAGAGAUCAUCUGUGAGGUUCCUGCCAGCUCGCUGCCUGUGCGUCUGUCAGAAUCGGGUGCAGCUAGGUGUUCUGGGAUAGUGGAGGUCUCUCUCUCUGGCUCCUGGAGAGGGUUGUGUGGAGGGCAGGGCUGGUCCCUCAAGACAGCUUCCGUUAUCUGCCGGGAAUUAAACUGUCAGGAAGCCCUGGAAAUCCAACCUGCCCGGAUCGGGAACGACAAAGAGAUACAGGGAGUGUCCUGUCCAGAAAACAAGACCAUCCGACAAUGCCACGACCAUUUAGAGGAGAGGAGAUGCACUCCAGCGAGGCUGAUCUGUAACAGUUCAAGUCCAGAACUGGCUUUUACACUGACUGACGGCCGGAGCAAAUGCGCUGGAAACGCCAGCGUCUUCUACGAUGGGACGUUUCAGCCGGUCUGCAGAGACAGUUGGAGCGAGGACGCCGCGUCCACAGCCUGCCGGCAAUUAAACUGCGGGCGCGCGAAGACGAUAUCCGCGGACCGGUAUGCCAAGGUGAGGUCUGGACUGCACUGCGGGCGGAACCACACAAGGCUGGAAGACUGCUGGCAUUUUCUGGAGAAAAAAUCCUGCAGCCAGGCCAUGGUCAUCUGUACAGGUCAUAAAGAAGUCAUUGAGAGCAAAGCUGGUCAGAUAGUAAGAGAUGUGAUCUGUUAUAUUCUGAGCGCUGUCAUCCUCAUCAUGAUCGCCAUCAAAUGUGGCCCACGAAUCUACAAGAAACUACGCAAAAAAGUCUUUAGAAAGAAUGAAAGGGAAUGGAUCGGACCAACACAGAGUCAGAGUGUGUCCUUCCAUCGGAGUCGGAAUGCACUUCAGCCCAGUCCGAGACCCCCCUCCGGUCCGAACACUGAGAAUGAGUACACGACCACGCCCACCCCCAAGAGACACUCCCCCGCCUACCCAGCGCUUGAGAGAAUGCUGGUCAAUGUCACCAGCGAGAAUUCUUCUGCUGGAAACAGCGAAUACGAUUUCUAUUAGUCACAGAGGUCGUGACCCUGCUUUGCUUUCAACCAAUCAGAUUUUCAGCUGCUCCCCAAAAACCAAUGAAAUCCAGGGUAAAGGUAGAUAUUAUUAUUUUUUUUUAAAUUGGUAAGAACUUGAUUUAUUGGAGGAGCGACAGAAGACAGAAACGCUCAGAAAUGACUGAAGCAAAAAAACACACGAGGAGAGGAGAGGAGGAAGAGGAGGAGGAGGAAAAAGAGAGAAGAGGAGGAAGAGGAGGAGAGAAGAGGAGGAAGAGGAGGAGGACGAGGAGAGGAAGAGGAGGGGAAAAAUAGAGAUGAAAACGACUUUUGAAGAUGGUUACGUGAUUUUUUUAAUGACUCACCUGCGAUUGCUUGUAAAAAUAAACCUGCUUGUGUAAAACCUGCUAUUAAAAAAAUAUA